AAAUCUCUCUGUCCGCAUCUCUGCGUUUAGAAAUGUGAUAAAAAUUAUUAUUUUCUUAAAAAAUAUAUUAAAAUAAUUUUUUUUAUUAUUUUUAUUAUUAUAUCAAAAUACUAAAAUUAAUUUUAAAAAAAAUUCAAAUUUGAAUGAAAAACAGUUUAACUGUGCCAAACGGGCACUGAAUUGCCGGCCGAAGACAACCGGCGUUUUGCUGAUCUACUUGUAUUUCUCUGCAAAUCUAGCGUUUCUUUAGAGAACCCAUUUAUUCGAAGAAUUUAGGGUUUUGUAAACUUUUAAAUUAAGAAUGCUGCUAUUUUAGUAGUGUUUCAAAAAACUCGUUGUUGAAGAAGCAAUCGAUAUCUAGUGUUCAAUGCAGGGGUCAUCGAGCGCAGUGGCGCAACCAGAGGCCAUACUAGAAUGGUUGCAAAAGGAGAUGGGGUAUAGGCCAUUAGGACCGUACAAUGCAACCACAAGCAAAUCUCAAUUGCCUUCAAUUGAUGCGAUGAGGAAAAUUUGUCGUGGAAAUAUGAUACCCAUUUGGGGGUUUUUGGUAAAGAGAGUGAAAUCAGAGAAAACGGUGGAGAAUACAAGGAAGAACAUAUUGGUACAUGGUAGUGGUGGUGGUUUGGUAAAUGCUGGGAAAGAUGAGGGGAGAAGUAAAGGAGGGAGGAGGAAGGAGAAGGUGGGCGGGGAGAGUGGGGGUGGUUCGAGCAUGCCGGAGAGUAGGGAGGUGGCAUCGCAAGAGAGGGAAAUGGCGGCGAAGGAGGUUGAGAGGUUGAGGAGUAUUGUUAGAAGGCAGAGGAAGGAUUUGAGGGCUAGAAUGAUUGAGGUUUCGAGGGAGGAGGCGGAGAGGAAGCGCAUGCUUGAUGAGCGUGCUAAGAAUAGGCACAAACAGGUCAUGCUGGAGGCUUAUGACCAGCAAUGUGAUGAGGCAGCAAAAAUAUUUGCAGAGUAUCAUAAACGUCUUCAUCUACAUGUUGAUCAAGCGAGGGAUGCUCAAAGGUCAAGCAUUGACAGUUCUAUUGAAGAAGUUAGCAGUUUCAGUGCAAACAGUGAGAAGGAAGCUGUUUAUUCAACCGUUAAGGGCACUAAAUCUGCUGAUGAUGUCAUUCUAAUUGAAACAACUUGUGAAAGAAAUAUCCGGAAGGCAUGUGAAUCUCUUGCAGUUUAUAUGGUUGAGAGAAUACGCAACUCUUUCCCUGCUUAUGAAGGAAGUGGCAUUCAUUUGAAUCCUCAAUCAGAAGCAGCCAAGUUGGCCGUUGAUUUUGAUGGGGAAAUACCUGAUGAUGUUAGAACUGUUAUUGUGAAUUGCCUGAAGAAUCCUCCUCUCUUACUCCGGGCAAUUACUGCAUACACUUCACGACUGAAAACUUUGGUUUCUAGAGAAAUUGAAAAAACUGAUGUUAGAGCUGAUGCAGAACUCUUAAGAUACAAAUACGAGGACAACAGAGUAAUGGAUGUUUCUUCUACUGACACAAACUCAUCAUUACACCACCAGCUUUAUGGCUAUGGGACGAUGGCAACAGACAUGACUUAUAGAGGAUCACAAAAUCAGCUUCUUGAAAGACAGAAAGCCCAUGUUCAGCAAUUUUUGGCCACUGAAGAUGCACUCAAUAAAGCUGCAGAAGCCAGGGACUUGUGUCAGAAGCUUUUAAAACGAUUGCAUGGAACUGGUGAUGAAGUUUCUUCCAACUCAAUUGUUAGUGGAGGCACAACACAGAACAUGAGCAGUCUGAGGCAAUUCGAGUUGGAGGUUUGGGCCAAGGAGAGAGAAGCUGCUGGACUGAGGACAAGCUUGAAUACAUUGAUGUCUGAAAUACAAUGCUUAAAUAAAUUGUGUGCAGAGAGGAAAGAGGCUGAAGAUUCUUUGAGAAAGAAGUGGAAGAAGAUUGAAGAGUUUGAUGCACGCAGAUCUGAACUUGAAGCUAUAUAUACCACUCUACUGAAGUUUAACACGGAGGAUGCGGCAGCAUUCUGGAAACGACAGCCAUUGAUUGCAAGGGAGUAUGCAUCAAUUACUAUCAUCCCAGCAUGUACAAUUGUUGUGGACAUUGCAAACAGUGCCAAAGAUCUUAUUGAUAAAGAAGUUAAUGCCUUCUCGCGAUGUCCUGAUAAUAGUCUUUACAUGCUUCCUUCAACUUCACAGGCACUGUUGGAGUCCAUGGGUUCUAAUGGAUCUACAGGACCUGAAGUUGCUGCUGCUGCAGAGAAGAAUGCUGCUUUAUUGACAGCAAGAGCUGGUGCUAGGGAUCCAUCAGCAAUCCCAUCCAUAUGCCGUGUGUCUGCUGCCCUUCAGUAUCCUGCUGGUUUGGAGGGUUCGGAUGCUGGUUUAGCUUCAAUGUCUGCAAAAGCAGAUUUGCUUUGUAUUGUGUUGAUGUCUGUUGCAGUAGCUGGUGAGUUCUUGUUCUGUUCUAUAUCUAGCUAUAAAUCCUUGACAUUGCUUAUGCAGCUUGAUGAUUGGUGGGAGCAACCAGCAUCUACUGUUGUUGACUGGGUUGCAGUUGAUGGACAAAAUGUUGCUGCUUGGCAUAAUCACGUCAAGCAACUUCUUGCAUUUUAUGAUAAAGAGCUCAUGUGAACAAGAUCUUUGUGCACUUUUCCUUGUUUGACUGAUUUUUUUUUACCACUUUCAUGUCAAUACGGAAAAUUACAUUUGGGUCGCAUGGGAUACACUCGAGAAUGUGAUGAAGAGAUCUUCGAUGAUAUCCUUCUAUUUAGUUUGCAGGAUGAGGGAGGAGGCGGUUGGAUGGAUUUGGUAUGUGUACAUGAGGGUAGACAGAGGCAAUCAAGCACCAUCGAUUGGAAUACUAGGCAAAGCAUCCUCCAUUGGCUUAGAACGUAAAAGGGAGGUGGUGGUGGUGGAUUUCUGUACUCAGCUUUUUGGUUGAGGUAUCUUGGCCUAUUGUCUCCCUUUCCCGCUAAUUUUGUACAGACUGGUUGGUUAGUGUACUAUAGGGCAUCUGUUGUCAUUAAAAGUUAUGAGGCGGUUUAUGAUUUGCUUGUUGUUUAUUCAGUCUAUAUAUGGCUUAUAAAAAAGUCAUUUCUCCUGUAUUGAUGGGUGGAGCUGUACCUAAUCUCUUUUAUAAUGGAAGUUAGGAGGAAGUGUGUUCCAUGGCGUGUAAGAACAAUCAAAAUAUUACUGACUGAAGGCUCAGAGCCAGAAGCGAUGGCUCACUUGCUGUCUUAAAUUUGUAAGGCUUUCUUUUUUUAUUUAUCGUAGUUGUCAGAAUGGAUUUUAACA